AUGUCUUAUCAAAGUAGUAGUAAUAAUAAUAAUGAUAAUAGAAUACUAAAGUCAAAAAUAAUUCAAACUAUUAUCAUUAGUUUUGAUCUAUUUCAACAUUUAUACGAACCUGUUCAAUAUAUCCAAUCAAAUAAUGCAAUUGACAUUGUAUUGGUUUGUAAAGAUUGGUUUGAAAUUAUAUUGCGUUGUGUUGCCACCAAUCUAUUAAACAUUUCAAAUAUACUCAACUCUUUACGUUUGAAUCACUCAGUCGAAUUGAAAUUGGUCACCUAUCAGAUUUCGUGGUAUCAAAUUGUUAAAGUCGAUCCUCAAACAACAGAGAAUUCAAAAAGAUUGCUAGCAAUCAAACAUCUUAGAUUCUAUCAAAUUGGUAGCCAAGAUUUACUUCCAAUCACCCAAAUGUUGGCGUCAAACAAAACAUUUACAAAGCUAGACAUUAGAUACUGUUUUCCAUAUUUGAAUGUUGAAGAAGAACAUGAAGAAUAUUAUGAUGAUACUGACAGUUGUAAUAAUGAUGAAUUAGUUCAAGAGUUUUUAAUAACUAUAAAUCAACAUCCAACACUCUGUUGUAAAUUUAAAUUUAAUCAAUCAAAAUUGACUAACUUUAUACCUAAAUAUUUAGAAAUAGUUAACUUCUUGGUAUCUCUUAAUUCUUUCUAUAUUGUAUAUUUCCAACGAGUUAUGGAUCAAGUAUUAGAUAUUCUUGUUCAACAAGAUUAUCUAUUUUGCAGAGGUAAGGAUUGUGCAGAAGCAAUACUUCCUUAUUCAAGUUUGUAUUUGUUUCAGGAAGGAAAUGGUGGAUAUCAUUUGGCUACAUUUGAAACACCUGAUGUUGCCACUUCAUGGUAUCUAGCACCAAGCCACAAACCAAACAAAUUCUGUAAAAACAAGACGUUCUGUUCAAAGUGUAAGAUGGCAAUUGGUAAUGAAAUACUAGCAAAGAAACCGGAUGGCAGUAAUCUCUAUAGUUUCGAUCGUGAGUGUACUGCGCUGGGUAAGAGUCACUUGGACAUCACCUAUCCAAAGAAGAGAACUUGGCAACUCAUCGUUGAAUCCGCAACCAAUGGAAGUCUAAUCAAGUCAUACGAUAUGAAUUCACCUGAAUUUCAAGGUGAUCAAAUCGAUUCGGAUUCAGACGACGUCGAUCAAGAGGAUCUACCUAAACAACCGUUGACUUAUCAACAAACAAGAUAUCCCGAGAGGAUCAAUGUAGAUCAAUUGAAGACACGUGGAAUAAAACCGCGAGAAUAUCAAAUAGAAUCAUUGGCACGAGCCAUUAAGAAGAAUACUCUAUUGGUGAUACCAACUGGACUUGGUAAAACAUUGGUAGCUAUCAUGUUGAUUCAACAGAUGGUUGCAGUGAAUCAAUGGACACCGGAACAACAAGCGGGGAAUCAUAAGAGAAUGGUGUUGUUCACCGUAAAUACCAAUCCAUUAGUUGAACAACAAGAGAAAGCAAUCAAAAAACACAAUUCAACAUUGACUGUUUUAAAGUUGAAUAGUGAGAACCGAUUGUCUGACCGUAAGAUCAAUUUUAAAGUGCAAUCUAAACGACCCGAUAUCAUUGUGGCAACAUGUGAUUCCAUUAUCAAUUUGUUCAACACUCGUAAGCUAUGUAUCAGUGAUUUCCAUACGAUUAUAUUUGAUGAAGUUCAUCAUGCGACUGGCGAUCAUUCCUACACGAAAGUAAUGACACACUACAAAGAAAUGGAGGCCAAAUUAUACCCGAGAAUUCUUGGAUUAUCUGCAAGUCCAUCCAGUGGUGAAGAUAGGAUAAAGAUCACUGGGAAUAUCAUGAAGAUGGAGAAGGUGCUUGCAUCUAGUGUAUUCCGUCCGAAUCUACCACCAACCAUUAAUUUGGAAUCCAAUCAACUGGUAUUCACUCUGACGCAGGAGGAGAAGGAUUGUUUCAAGGUGGUAAAAGAAAAGAUCAAUGAGAGGUUGAAGACAAUCAUGAUGGAAAGCAAUUACUUUUUGAAAGGAAUGGAGUUGUCAGAUAAUAAUCACCCAUCGUUUAGAAGCAACCUAAAACAAUUCUAUACUUGGACAGUCCAUAAUGAUCUCAAAGUCUCCAAUGAAUUGGGUGAUAUUCUUAGAAUCUUUGAAUGGCUGAUGGUCACCGGUGUCGAAGGAUUCAAUCAAUUCCUGAAUUAUCUCGAGAAUGAUCUGGCCAGUACUGCAAUUCAAGAAGGUCGUUCAAGAGAUUUCAUUGAGGAGUUGCAUAACCUUGUCGUUGAAAAGGGAGGAAAGCGAGUAGUGAAUUCAUCGAGAUACCAAAGAGUUGUUGAGAAACUAACAGAGAAGCUCGACAGCGAAGAGAAAGUUAUUAAUUUUCGUGGUAUUAUCUUUGUGAAGAAGAGAUCUACAUCUCGUUCAUUGGUUCAUAUGUUAAAGAAAGAACCAAUCAAUUCAAAAGUCAAUGCGAAAAUCAUUGUUGGACACAAUGGUGAGGAUGGAAUGGACUCUGAGAAACAAGAGAGAAUCAUGGUGAAGUUUAGAGAAGGUCAAUCAAAGCUACUGGUUGCAACCAGUGUGUUGGAGGAAGGAAUCGAUGUUAAUACAUGUAAUUUCGUUCUCUGUUUUGACGAUGAUUUGGAUAUGAGAUCAAUGAUCCAGCGAAGAGGACGUGCAAGAAACAAAGAAGAAGGAGAGUUUUGGUAUGUUAAAUCUCAUGAGGAGGUCAACAAGAUGGAUAUUUUGCGUAGAUCGGAAGCACUACUCAACCAAGUCAUCACGGAAAUCAUGCAUCAAGACAAGUCGUCGAAUGAAGAGGUUACCUAUUCGAUGGUUGAUGAUUGGUCGCUUGUUGCCAACAGAUUCCAACCACUUGGAAACCGACAGGAAGCAUAUCUCUCAUUCUAUAACUCACCUGUAGAGUUGGAGAAGCUGCUUAGGUUGUCUUUGAGAUCCAAUAUCCUGGAUGUUCGAAGGGAGAAAGCAGCUCAGGAAUCUAGAAACUAUCUGACCAACUAUCUACUAGUUGGAAUUGGAUUCGAAGAUGGUGGGGGUGGAACGGAUGAAGAGAAAGCAGAGUUGGAAGCUAGCUUGAGUACAUUGUUCAAAGCCAUCUACAGUGUGAAAGGUUGGUGGGCUAAAGUUACACGUCCGGUGGUUCUUCAACUGCCCGUUCCAAAGAAAGAUGAGAAUCAACCUUGUUUCCGUACUCUGGCAUCUUUUUCCGCUGGCAACUUUGUUGAUCCGACCACCUACAAAUCCGAGAUACUAUUCACAUGGGCAGUGAUAUUCUAUGGCAAUGAAAGACAGUUGGAAAUCACUUUCUUCGAAGAGUCCAAUCCAUAUUCAUCGGGGCCAACUCUAAUUUUCUUGAAUGAAAAUAUCGAGAGUUUUGCACUCUACGAUUGUGAUCCAGACAAGAAACAGCAACGAUCAUUCUAUCUUGUUGUGAGACGUCCACCCAUUGCCGUCAAUAUUGAUUUCGAUGAUAAUGAAGACGAACGUAUCGAUAUGAGAUAUAGUUCUUGUGCUUAUCCAUUCCUCAGUCGUUGUUUUGUCUAUCGUAUCAAUCUUGAACCACAUCAACUUGAUCAAUUGAUUACGUUAAUGAAUAUACCAUACUAUUUGGCAUCAAUUAAAACGGCAACAUCAUCAUCAUCUCAACAUUACAAUAACAAACAACCUAAAUUAAUAACUUCUGGCAAUCUUAGUAGUAGCAUUCCAACCAAUCCGACAAUCAUAUUAAAAGAUUUUGAAAUAUCUUAUUUAUUUGCAGUACUUAAAAGCAAUUCUAAAACAGGAUUUGGAAAGAAUAAUGUUCCAAAAGAAUUCUUUGAAUAUGUGACUAAUUUAGUGGUUAAAGAUAGGAGAUUUGCUGCAUUGUAUAUGAUACAGAGAGCAAUCGAUUGUCAAGAGUUUGAAAACUAUCAAAACCUUAUCAAAAUGGAUAUUUCCAGUUUAGAAGAGAAUUUCGAGAAUGAAAUUCCAGAGCACCAUUUCAUGGUAAAGAGUGCCUACAUUACACCGACAAGAGUGAUUCUAAAUCUUCCAAGAAUUCAACUUGGAAACAGAUGUAUCCGUCAGUUUCCUUCGGAGCGAUUCAUGUCGGUUCAAUUCACAGAGGAGGAUCUACAAAUCCGUAUUGAAUAUCAAGAUUUCCUACUGCCAUUCUAUAGCCAUAUUCUGCUGAAUGGUAUCAACGUUCCAGAGAUGGGAACAUUCUAUUUCUUGGGUUCGAGUUCAUCACAAGUCAGAAAUUAUCAAUCGUGGUUCUAUUGUGUAGAGGAGGGAGUAAAUAAAGAGAGUCGUCUAAAGGAGAUUCGUGAAGCGAUGAUUGGUAAAACCGAUAGCAGUUGGUCAGCAAGAAAAGCAUUGCGUGCAAUGUCUCUUGUUUUUCCAUCUACCAUUCCAACCAUUAGAAUUCCUCCACAUGAAUAUCAUGAAGGUUUAGAUGAUAUAGUUAGAAAUGAUCAUAACUUUACUGAAGGAUGUGGAUAUGUUGGUAUUGAAACAGCAAGAGAAAUAGCGAUUGCUGGUAAUUUCCCUCAGGAUACUUCUGCCUAUCAAAUUAGAAUCGGCGGUAAUAAGGGAGUAGUCUCAGUUCAUCAUUCUAUUAGACGUGGUAUAUAUCUUAGGAAAUCGAUGAGAAAGUUCAAUACAACUGAUGAGCACGCUUACAAUAGAACUCUUGAGGUGAUAAGUGUCAGUAGUAAGAAAGCAUGUAAUCUCAAUCGUCAGAUCAUCAAUUUGUUGGUUGGUCUCGGUGUGCUGGAUGGAUUCUUCUUGUCGCUGCAACAAGCUGCUCUCGAUAAACUUGCUCACAUUUUCAAUGAUGAAUCGGUACGUCGACAUAUUAUGCAUGAACUAUCGAGUAUCGAUGAAGCAUUUGAUGAACUCGAUUUAGCUGCCAACGAUCCAUUGAUUUGCUCAUCUCUCCAAUUGUGUUAUCUAAAGAAACUCGAUCAAAUCAAAGAUAAAUGUAUGAUAGAAAUCGAUUCUGCUCGGACAGUUCUUGGCGUCUCAGAUGAAUCUGGAAUUCUUGGUCCUGACGAAGUAUUCCUACAAAUCUCAAUUGAUGAGGAGGAUGGUCAUAUCUCGAGAAAAGUAAUUACAGGCCAAGUGUUUGUUUGUAAGAAUCCUUGUUUGCAUCCAGGUGAUAUCAGAGUGCUGACAGCUGUCGAUGUACCAGAACUCAGAAAUUGCUAUGUUGAUGUGAUUGCAUUCUCUCAGAACGGUGAAGUCCCUAAUUUCAAACAGUGCUCAGGUAGUGAUUUGGACGGAGAUCGUUACUUUGUUGGUUUUGACCAGACCAUGGUUAAAUUUAUCACUCCCGAGCCACCUUUUCUCGGAGAUGAGUCAGCCAAUACCAAAGUGGAACCACCAUACGAUGGAUCUCACAAACAGUUGGUUAAACAAUACAUUACCAAUAUUACACGUGGUUCACUUGGAAAGAUUGCACUCAGUCAUCUGGCGAUUUGUGACAAGUUCUCACCGACUCAUCCACUAGCCAUUGAGCUUGCCAUCCAACAUUUCAUUGAGGUCGAUGCAUUCAAAACUGGAGUUAACGGUAAGGUACCAGAUAUAGUAAAGAAACAUCUUAAUUAUUUCAAGUUGUAUCCAAACUUUAUGGAGAGUUCAAUGCCAAAGAAAAACUAUUGGGUCUCGCACAAAAUCUUGGGAAAACUUUACCAAAUCUCAGUACCACUUAAAGCCAUUCCCAGAUACAUUCCUGACACCUUUGUUGAUGAAGGACUUCUUGUGGAUGGAUAUCAAGAGUACUUGGCCGAUGCCAAGAAAACUUAUACUCGUUAUAAGUUUGCAAUCAAUUCUCUGUUGACCAGAUAUGAUAUUGAUCGUGAGGAGGAUAUCAUUAUUGAAUUCAUCAAAGAGACAAUCAACUCGAUGCGUUACACCAAGUUGAUUAUUGAUGAACUAAAGAAAUCCUAUCACGAAAUUCAAGAUUCAUUUAGAGAUGAAUUCAUUAGAGUAUUUCCUGGAAAGGAUGUUGACGAGAAGAAACGUUUCAAUAGUGAAGCAAUACAAAAAAAGGUGUCUGCAUGGUACAAGGUAGCAUAUUCCGAUGUUGAAAAUGAUAAAACUCUCACUUUCUAUUGGAUUGUCAAGCAAUAUCAACCGAAACGUAGUAUAAAGACUGGUCAUGAACAGCCAGAUCACCUAUCGACAUCGAUCAUCAAAUAUCUUGGUGAUCACCAGACCGAUUUACUAAAAGGUUAUUCUGAGCGUAUCAUUAUGGUGACGGAUCUUCUCAAAUUACUAAGCCAAUCGAGUUUGUUUGAAAAUGUCCAAAUUCACUUGUUUGGAUCGUCGUCCAUGUUGUUGUUUGAUCCUUUGUUUUCAGAUCUGGAUCUCUACAUUCAAGAUACUAUGGAUCGAUUCAAAGGUGAUAGAGAUGCGCUAUUUCUUCACUUGGAAAGUGCCCUCAGAAAGCAUGAAUCAAACGCAGAGUCAAUCGAAUAUAUCUCUGACACUGCAGUACCAAUUGUAAAGUUCCAACUCAACAAGAUCGAUUGUGAUAUUUCUGCGGAUUUCAACGGAAUCGCAAAGACAGCAAUGGUUUGCAAUCUCUAUUCGAAGCAUCCAUACAUUCUUCCGAUCAUGCAUAUUGUUGUCCGAUGGGGUAGAGAAACAGGUAUCAUCACUCACCACAUUCAGAAAUCCAAAGCUAGAAACUUAAAGACAUGGUCAUUGAUAUGGAUGGUAAUUCACUAUUUUAAAUCAGAGAGGAUCAUUGAUGAAAUUCAAGUCAAGAACAAAAUUGAGAACAAGAGCGUCGAUUGGUUCUCCCAGAUUCUUGUUGAGGCUUCAAAGACGCACAGCUGUUUCUUGGCACAAUAUUUGAUUGGAUUCUUCAAGUUUUAUUCGAACCGACUUGCCCAGGCAUUGAAUAACAAAGAAUCAUUUGUACUGACAUGUCCACUCGAUCUUCCAAAUGUACCAUCGUUUGUUUUCAAUGACAGUCCUGAUAGUUUCAACGAUCAAUAUCUCUUUGAUAUUUUCAAUGUUGGGUAUCACACUCUUAGCUCAAGUCCUGGUAUUCCAGAGUUUUUGAAACGUUGUCAAUAUGACAGGAGUAAAGUUAUCAAUCUAGAUAAAAUCAUGUCUCGACAUGUUUCAGGAAGUGAAGAGUAUCUCGAGAGUAAGAUACAAGCGCUAACCAAUGCUAAACUGGAAAUUCAGCCGUCGAAAAGAGGAUGCCUUCAAGUGAAAAUCAAUGGUGAACCUCAUGAAAUUCAUAUGGCAAUCGAAGAGCUCUAUAGAACUUCUAUGGAUAUCACUUCACUACCAUUCCACAGUGGAAAGAAUCAUGUACCAGGUGGAGGCACUGUUCUUUUGUUCAAAGGAUGUAACACCAUUUCCGAUCAAAUCAAAUUUGUGAAAUUCCAGAAGGACAGAUCAUUUAAUAUCCAACACUCAAUGAGACAUCCAAAGAUGAUGCCGUUACUCAAGCAUUUGAAUCUUUCCAAUCAGUACAAAGGAGCCAAACUAGAGUUUACCAAAACCAUCUUGAAUCAACUGGAUAUUUGUCAUAAAUAUGUAGACGAGCAACGCUUUGGUCAAAAGAAGGUAUUUGUUCGUUUUGGAAAUAUCUAUUUAUUCAAUUGUCCACACGAAGGUGCAGAGUUUACCAUCACCGAACUCCAAAAAGCGAUUUCCAAGACAAAGAAAAGGAAUUUCCAGUUGAAGCAAAAAGAGAUUAGAGAAAAGAGUAAAAAGAAAGAGAAGGAGGAGAAAGAACAGAAGGGAAAUGAUGAUGAAAAUCAAACUCAGGUUUUCAAUAAGAAAUACAAAACCACAAGAACAGUAGAGAAGCAAAACAAACCUAAUAGCCAUAUUCCAAAGAGUGCCUUCUUUACCAAUUGUUCUGGUAGAGAUGACCAAACGAUAUGUGGAAUCUUUGAGAGUAUGGGAUGGACAAUCACUCAGCUGAGCGCUGAAGAUCAAUUUGAUAGUGAUACUUACACACUUUGCUGUAAUAUGAAUUCACGAGAGAUUCCAGAAUUCAAAGUUGGUGUCAACUCGAAUCUAGAACCACCAAACAAUCUCAAAAAUAUUGGUUUGAAUUGGUUCGUUUGUGAUUUGACAGAGUCUGACCACUCAAACCCACAUAUGCUGGAUAUCCGAUACUGUAUUCAAUCCAAAAAGCAUUACCAACAAGAAGCUACCGUUGCAACUGACCAAGCAUACUACGAGUACAUCACUCGAAAGAUUGUAAAACCGAGACCACCUUCAAACAGUAGUUCUUCCGAUCAUCAAAUGGCACCAAUCAUCAUUCUUGAUGAUUUCAUUGGCAACGUUUACCUAAUUAGACAUCACAAGAACAUCAAGUGUUAUGUUCCUCCUGCUGAUCACCCACUCUCCAAAUAUAAAUUGAAUGCACAAAUCCAUGAAAUCGUAGAGUAUAGAAACAAUGGUUCUUUUUAUGGAACAAAGUAUGAGUUGGAACUUUCAUGUGAACUGCCAUCUCCUUUAGAUACAUGUGAAUUUACAUCUAUUUUUUGGGAGAGUGGAUUAAAAGUUUUACAUCGAUUAAAUAACACAGAGAUAUUAGAAACUCUUACAAAGAAGAAUAUUAUUGUAUUAUAA